AUGGAGGAUCCGAUGGAGCAAGAGUGUGGAGUUGCGAGGCCAAACAUUGAUUUGACGCUUGCGGAGGCGGAGGUGAAUGACGAUCUCGCGAACAUCAGCUACGUCACUCGCGUUCUCGCCGCCGAUUCGGCAAAUCUCAACGACGUGCAGAAAGUGCGUGUGAUGCUGCACAACUCGGCCACCAAGGCAGUUGAGGAGCGAGUGGUGUCGAGGAGCACGUUCGUCAAGCUGAUCGAGAGCACGAAAGCCUGGCGAGCCUUCACCGGCAAGGCCAGCAAGAAGGCUCCACCCACAGUUGGGCCGCUGCUCGUUCCCUCGAGCGAGGCACCGCCUCACGGCGUGGAAGCACCCCGCAGGCUCCGCCGAGCCGAGCACAUUCUCUCACAGCGCACGGGCAGGAUCCUGCUGGUCCUCGAGCGGUGCAUCGACAACCUCAACCAACACGCCAUCCUCCGCACGGCCGAGUGUCUCGGUGUUCAGAACGUGUGGCUGGUCAACCCGCCCGACCAGCGCAAGAAGAACGAGGGGCUCAAUCGGAACGUCACGAUGGUAUGGGAGAUUUGGGCCACCGACUUGUGCGCCGAGGCAGUGUGCCUUGACGAGAGCGCUGGCGGCCUUGAACUUCCGCAGCGGGUGGCCAUUAUCGCCGGUCGGGAAGGCGACGGGGUGAGCGAGGAGAUGCUCAAGGAGGCAGAUCGGCGGGUCUAUCUCCCCAUGUAUGGCUUCACCGAUUCGUUCAACCUGAGCGUCGCGAUGGCGCUGCUCGUCCAACGAUUGUUCUACAUGUGCCCCGAGGCGCGCCGCAAUCUCACGCCAGAGGAGAAGCACCAACUGCGCAUCCAGUGGUACACCAAGCUGGCCAAGGGGGUGGAGAAGAACCGCGAGGAGUACGCGCGUUACAUCAACCACCCGCCGCCACCGCUGGACGACCUGCGCGAUCCCACCAAGAGGCCCGGAGCCAACAAGGGCAUCAUGAAGAGCCGCAAGCGGAUCAAUCAACGCACCACAGCCACAGCCGCCUCCGCCGCCACCGCGAGCAAUCUCGACCGGGCAGCUCACGGGGCCGAGCAGACCCGGCAGGACUGA